AUGAGCGCCUCGACUGAGUAUCUCGCGCGCGUGCAGCAGCUCGAAGAGAUCUACACCAACGUGCCCGGCACCUUCGCCAACGAGUCGUACCUCACGCGUCUCCCCGGCCUCGUGCGCGACUGCGUGGCCCACAACCGCGACCGCUUCUCGGAGCUGCAAUGCCAGCGCCUGCUGCAGCUCGCCGACGACAUGGUCAAUGACGCAGUGAUCCCACUGCCGUCGCAGUACCCGGAGCAGUCAGCCAAGUCCCCCACGAGCGCUCACUGGGAGACUCUGCUGGCCGGCAAGGGCUACACGUGGCAGAACUCGCCGUGGUUCAUGUGCGAGCAGUACAUGUUCCACCUCGUGCUGCUGCUGGCCGAGUACUACUCGACGGGCAUCGACCCGUUCCACCCGUCGAAGGUGGCAGAGCUGAAGGAGGACACGCCGUGGGCGUUGUUGCAGACAGCUGUGGGUCUGUCGGCCCAGGAGGAGGCGAGUUCCCAGAGCCACCACGACCAGCUGAAGCGGUUCAUGAAGCUGUGUCUGUGGGGCAACAAGGCUGACGGAUGCUACAAGGAGGUCAAGGAUACCGUGAGUGGGGCUGGCGCCUCACUUGUGUUUGAUGAUGAGCUGCUGUUGGUCGACCACAGUGACGAGGUCAUCUCGUUCUUGGAGCAGAAGGCGCGUGAGGUCGGCGACGCCAAGAGCUUGGGCGUGCAGUACAUCAACGACAACAGCGGCACCGAGCUGCUGCUGGAUUUGGCGCUGGCCGACCACUUGCUGUCUCAUGGCUGGUGCGGCAAGGUGACGCUGAACGUGAAGGUUGAGCCCAUGUACGUUUCGGAUGCGACGCCUGCGGAUGUGCACGAGCACAUUGCCGAGAUGCAGCGGGAGACGCGUACUCCGGAGGUGCAGGCUUUGGGCAAGCGGCUGGCUGGUUAUGUGAUGAACGAGCAGUUGUUGGUGCGCCCUGACCUCUUCUGGAACCGCUACACCUACUACUGGGAGAUGCCCGUCGAGCUGCAGACUCGCUUGGCGCGUGAGGCGACGCUGGUGAUCAUCAAGGGCGAUCUGAACUACCGUCGUCUGCUGGGAGAUCGUCUGUGGCCGCCGUCGACGCCUGUGGACGAGGCUGUGCCGUACUUCCCCACGGCUUUCGUGUCGUUCCGUACGCUCAAGUCGAACCCCGUGGUGGGCAUCCCAGCAGACAUCGUAGACAAGCUGGAGAAGGAGGACGCGAAGUGGCGGUACAACGGCAAGCGCGGAACCAUCCAGAGCGUACUGACCCCGGCUUCGCUGUCCAAGUAG